CAUGAAAAAGAAACUCCUUGUUUACAAUGACAAAUUUCAAAAAUUUAAACUUUAAUCUCGAGUUUUCAAGUGUUUGCCCCAUGUAAAGUUAUCAUCCGACACAAAAAGGGAAUCAGAUUUACAAUAAUUUCAGAUGGCAUUAGCGGCUUUAGCUGCAGGUUCGCUGUCGUUUGCAAAGGUACAUGCCCAUGAUGUGGAAACUCUGGAACAGACAGAGAAGAGUCUCGAGAAAGAAAUCUGUAGAGAAAACAGGACACCUCCGAAAGGUUCGGUCGCAAAGAUAAGACAUCACGGCGAGAGAUUGCUUCACAGUAAACAAGUACUAAUGGUAGUAGUGAUACUCAACAUUAUUGACUGUAUACUGGUGAUGGGAGAGUUAAUUUUUGAUAUACAUUACCUUGUUGAUGUUUUAGAGAAAUCAGAAAACAUAUCAGACAGUUUUAUGUUCAAAAUGGAAACCAAGUAUCCAAUUGAUCUUAGAGGCAUUGAUGAUAUCUCAGAUCUUUAUGACAAAAUCAUGCAUUCGACAAUUCACUGGAACACGUCUGAAGUAAAUCUGAAAACAAUGUAUGCCAAUGACAAAAACUUGACAUACUUAACAUUAGCUGGCAAUGACAGCUUAAACAUUCGGUAUAAACGAAGAACAGAGAAAGAUAGUCAAAAAGCUUCAAACACAAAAAGACGCAAGAAACGCCACAAAGAACAUACAAUCGAAGAAGAUAUUGCUCAUGGAUUUCAUAAAGCUAGCAUUACAAUACUAGCCAUCCUUGUGGUAGAGACAGGGUUAAAGAUGUUCUGCUUAGGAGCACACAUGCUAGAGAACAAGUUAGAGGUAUUUGAUGGCUUCAUUGUUUUUGCAUCGUUCAUCCUGGACAUUGCAUUCAUCAAAGGAAUAACAAUGUACUCCAUACAAGAGUUUGUCUUCAUAUUGGCAUUCUUAGUCCCAUGGAGAGUUUUGAGAGUUGUUAAUAGCCUCAUAGUAGCAAUCAUUGAUCACGAACAUUUCCGAAUGAAGCUUUUAUAUAAACAAAAGAAACAAAUAUCAAUACAGAUGAAAGAUGCCAAAAAGGAAUUAAAGUUGUAUGAGAAAAGCUUGCAGUCUGUUGAACAGCUAUGCCUAUGUUCAGGGAUACCAGAGUAUAAAGUCAAGAGUUGUUCAGCUCAUCUUAAGAGCAGAAAGAAGAAACUUAUAGGAUCCUGCGGAUCUUUACAACGGAUUGUUACUUUCGAAGCUGAAGAACAUACGUCCAUGGUUAAAGAUUAUGAAAAUAAAGAUGACAACAGUGAUACAUUUAAGAUGAACUCUAGAAGAGCUAACAGUUUAGACGAUGUAUAUAAUCCUUGAUAUGUGACAGUUUUAAUUCUCUUCUAUAUGACCGCGUAAAAGUAUGAAUUCACAACAGAGUAACUACAGGAUCAAGAGAAUUGAUAGGACUAUGUUAACAUAGAAUGUGUGCACGUUUUACAUAGAUGCAAGCUAUGAUUUUUUCAAUCAUGUGAUGAUUCCUUUAGUUCGUGUUGUUUAUUCUUUAGUUUUCUAUGUUGUGUUAUGUGUACUAUUGUUUGUCUGUUUGUCUUUUUAAUUUUAAGCCACGGCGUUGUCAGUUUGUUUUAGAUUUAUGAGUUUGACUGUCCCUUUGGUAUCUUUCGUCCCUUUUUCAUA